AUGUCAUCGAAACUUUCCGAGCGAGAAGACGUGGAGGCGAAGGUCUCGCCGUCAGAGCCCCUGAGCCCAACCGUCGCUUCAUCCCUCUCCACAGGCGAGGGGCAUGUCAUCGAGGAAACACCCUCCCACGCACUUGAAUCGGCCCCGGGGCGGCCCCGUGCCCUCAGCGGAACCCAGAGCAUCCACAAUACCCGCUCUUAUGGCGGCGAAGACGGGUAUGCUUUGCAUCAAGAGGAGGAGACGGUCACUGCCAUUGAUGGGGUGGUAGACCCCGAGAAGAUAUUCGAAGUUCACUGGGAGGGCGGUGACUCGGACCCCAUGAAUCCGCGGAGCAUGAGCAAAGCGCGCAAAUGGCUUAUCGUGGCCAUUGUCAGCAUGAGUUCGACGUGCGUGGCGUGUGCAUCGUCGCUGUAUGUGGGUUCGUACGGCCAGCUCAUGAAGGAAUUCAACUCCUCCCGUAUAGUGGUGACGAUAGGACUGUCGCUUUUCGUCGCCGGGUUGGGUGUGGGCCCGAUGAUCUUGAGCCCGCUGUCCGAAUUUUAUGGACGGAGGCCUGUCUACCUGGUUAGCUAUUCGUUCUUUUUCAUCUGGCUGAUUCCGUGCGCGGUGUCGAAGAAUAUGGCGACGAUGCUGGUCGCGAGGUUCCUGGAUGGAUUUUCCGGAAGCGCGUUCUUGUCCGUGGCAGGCGGAACGGUGGGAGAUAUAUUCAAUAGGCAUGAUCUUAGCAUGCCUAUGAUGAUAUAUGCAGCGUCCCCAUUUUUAGGACCACAGCUUGGACCAUUGAUGAGCGGUUUCAUCAACCAGUAUACUAACUGGCGCUGGACCUUCUAUACUGCGCUCAUCUGGGCCGGGUUUCAGCUUGCUGCGAUAGUUCUGCUCGUCCCAGAGACUUACCAUCCAGUAUUGCUACGUCGCAAAGCGCGACAGUUGCGAAAAGAGACGACGGAUGAUAGAUGGCAAGCGCCGAUUGAGAAGAUGGAACGCAGCAUUCUUCGCACCGUCAUGUGGAGUUGCAUCCGGCCCUUCCAACUGCUGGUCCUCGAGCCCAUGUGCCUCAACCUUUGCAUCAUCUCCUCUCUCCUACUUGGAAUCGUCUACCUCUUCUUCGGCGCCUUUCCCCUGGUCUUCCAAAACAAUCACGGAAUGACCCUCUCCCAGUCGGGCCUGACCUUCCUUGGGCUCUUGGUGGGAAUGCUCUUCGGAAUCGCUACCGAUCCCUUUUGGCGGGCCAAUUACCGCCGUCUCAUUCGGAAAGGCGAGAAGAAAGGGGGAGAGAAAGGGGGAUCUGAGCCUGAAUACCGACUCCCGCCGACUAUUCUUGGUGCUAUCAUGGUUCCAAUAGGACUAUUCGGAUUUGGAUGGACAACAUUCCCCCGGGUACAUUGGAUAGUGCCAAUAAUCUUCUCUGCCGUGUUUGGCUUUGGGAACAUCCUCUGCUUCUCCGGAAUCUUCACAUUCCUGGUCGAUUGCUAUCCGCUUUACGCCGCGAGUGCCCUUGCAGCGAACAGCUUUGCGCGAUCGGGCUUCGCAGCCGCUUUCCCGCUGUUCGGUGUCCAGAUGUAUGAGAAACUUGGAUAUCAAUGGGCGACGUCAUUACUCGCAUUUCUUUCUUUAGUCAUGGCACCGUUUCCAUAUCUAUUCUUCAAGUACGGCAAGAAAAUUCGGGGUAGGAGUAGGUUCGCAACAAACGUAUAA